AUGCACCCUUUUCUCUCCCUCAUCCAUCUCAUCCAGCUACUCCUCGUCAUCCCCCUCCUCACCUCUGCCCUCACAAUCCGCCCUACGACCACAACCAACCCCCUCCGCCGCCAAGUCCAAGAAGGUUCCCCGGUACCCGGCAAAGUAAACUUCUGCACCGGCACAAACACAAGCGGCGACUGCGACUGGCGCGUCGUCACCUUCGGCGAGUGCAACGCGCUGCCCGACGGAUUCGCCAAGAACACGGGCUCGUUCAUGGUUGCGGCUGGGGCGGUGUGCUAUGUUACCAUGAACGAGGAUGCGGCGGGCGAAUGCGUGGCGAAUGCGGGUUAUGCGGUACGACCGCCGGGGAAUGUGGAUAUGUUCAAUGUGCAAGGACGGGAUUUCGGGCAUGCCGUGACGGGGUUCCGCUGUGAGCGGUGUGAUGAGUGUCAGACGAAUUAA